GUCCUCGAUAACACCUUCAAUUUGUAUGGUGACAUUUUAAAAUAUAGCCUUGAACAUUCCAAUGAAGAGGAAAGAUUUGGAAAGACUUUUGAGUGGAUCAACUAACACAGAGCCUGUUAUUAAUCUAAAGAGCUCAAAUAGUAAUAUUCAUGAAAGAUCAGCUGAUAAAAGAUAUCGUCACCACCAAAAUACUGGGAGUACGACACAUGAUGUUUCUGACAGAAUGAACGCUGAAGUAAAACAUGGACGAGUAAAUGAAUCCAAAGGUAAUGAAAAUAGCAAAUAUCAUCGCAAAAAUUUACACAAUAUUGAAAAUUUGUCUGCUGAUAUAAAUCCUACGUCAAAUUUCAAUCCAUCUUUACAUGAACCAGAAGCUUAUAGUCAUAGGACAUCUAAUUUAUCCACAUGGAUUCCUAAUUUAGGUCAUCCAUACUUUGUACCAUCUCGUUCUAAAUCAGAACAAAUCCUACCUCAGCCUAACUUUCAAGUGAAACGAGAUAAAUCUGAUCAAUAUUUAUCGGAUGAUUCACAGGAUAAUCGAUUGUACUCAUCAAACAUUGUGUCACCUAUACAGUGUUCGCCUAGAGUUAAUAAACAUUAUGAUGAUCAUCAAAUGUUUAAUCCAUGUAUGGUAAAGCCUGAACUAUUAGAUGAAGAACAAUGUCGAGUUUACCAACCAAAUAUAAAUAUAAACUCAUAUGAGCCAUUUGAAAAUCAAGUGAAUGCUCAGUUAGCAAGGUUAAGUAUGCUUCAUGCACAACAGUUAAAUAUUCAAGUUCUUUUGGAACAAGAGUGGUUGAAAUUACACAAGCUGAACUCAAUGAAAAUGAACAAGUAUGGAUACAAAGCCAAUAGGCAAAGUGAAAAUUUAGAUCUACUUCAAAUCCCAUUCGAUUCAAGAUAUGCCUAUUCUCCACGUAGUGCUGAUCGGAUUUCAGUAUGUUCACCUGAAACACAAUUUAUGACUUCACAGAGAAAUUAUCGAAGUCAUUCGAAUAAUUUACACAAGCAUUACAGAUCAAUGGAAUGUGGACUGAAUGAUGGUUAUUUUGAAUCACCAAGUACUAAAUCAGUUAUGGUUGAUACGCUACAAGAAAGGAAUGAUACUAAUAAUAGUAAUCCUAUGAUUGACGAUGUCUUUCCAUCUGAGCAUCAACAGAAUCAGACAUUCUCUUCAAAUAAUAAUCGUUCAAGGAUAAGAAACUUUGAAAAAAAGAUGAAUGUAUCUACUCUUAAUACUGAACAAUACCAAUACUCUCAAGAAUCACCGUAUGCUUCAUUGCGCAUUCCAUCAUCAUGCAGUGAUUAUUAUAAUCAUCGUUAUAAUCGGAAAUCUCCUUUUUAUGAUUCUAUACAAUAUGAUCCUGAAUCAAAUCCUAAAAAAUUCAAUAAAUCACCAAAUAUAUCAAGAAAAAAUUCACUGACAGAGAAAAUUCAUCCACAUUAUACUACAGAAAACGACAGUCAUACAGAAGAACAGUAUAAAACAUUUCAAGGAGUUAAUGAAUAUUCGACCAAUUCAUAUCAAAAUGAUGAUAGUAAUAACAGUAAUAAUCAUGUUGACAACUGGAAUGUAGUCAGUAGGCGAAAUAAAAUAAGAAUGAUACCAGAAAAACAAAACUAUAGGUCAACAAAGCUGUACACAGGUUCAACUGCAAAUCAAACACUAUCGAAAAAGUAUGUACCAUCGAAUUCAAAGUCAGCUCAAAAAAUCAAUGCACUACUAAAUCCACAUGAUUCAAGAUUUUCAAAUCGAAGAGGUAAUAAUACACCUGAAAUGUUUAAAUUACGCAAAACUGUAUCACAGUCUAAUAUAUAUGAAAAACCUGAGGGACGAGAAGAAAAGAGAAAAUCCAGUUACUUAGAUGGAAGAUUAUCUUAUGAUAAUUAUAAUAAUACUACUACUAAUAAUAAUAAUGAUAAUAACAAUCCUUUCAUCAUUCCAAAGGAAAAUGAUUUCAACAAUUUAAUAUCAUCAAGUGAAUCACUUGAUCAAGAAAUUUUAGAUUUAUGCCCUAAUGAUUCAUUUUCACAGUUAAAUGAACCUACUGAUACACUUAAUAUGAAUAAUCAAUCACGUACACAAGGUAUAAAUCAAAUGGGCAAUGGAAGUAUUAUACAAAGAGUUCAUAAACUACCUAAACAUAUUGAAGAUGAUAAAGAAAAAGAUUAUGAAAGUAGUUCAAGUUCAAAAACUGAGAUUAGUACAUCAAGUCCAGAUAAUAAUCAAAAUCAUAAUGACAUGAAUAUACAGACGAAAUCUAGUGAAUUCAGUCAUAUGCCACUGGAAUAUGCUCUACCUACUCAGAAUGAUUUUAAUAUGAAUAAUUCAAACGAGUUAGAAAAAUCCCUUUACCAACAAGAGGAUGAUUCACAGCGGCUUAUACUUUUGCAGAAAGAGUCUAAUAAAAUAAAGAACAAUGGCAAGUUAAACUACAAACAAAGUAGAUAUUUUGAUGCUGUUCCAUCCGAUAACACCACUGAACCAUCUAUAUACACAGUGAAAAUUUUGAAACGAAAUUCUUCUCUCCAAAAUGAUCUUAAUGCUCCCAUGAGUAAUAAGGAUAAUGCUCAAUACAGUUCACCUGAAUGCAAAGCAGUCACACAUUCACCUCAUGAAACAGUCAGUGAUGUACUUCAGUCGAACAACAACAACAACAAUGAAUUGGAUUUAACAAAUGACUCUGGUGUAUCGUCUGUUGCUAAAGAUGCUCCAAUAUCAAAUGGUGUAAUAUAUGUACGCAAAGUGAUAAAUAAUAUUGUUUUUGGACCAUGCAACAAUUCAAAUGAUGCCAGUUAUCAUAACUCGAAUGACUGUGACACAAUGAAUACACCGACAUGGUUAGCUAUAUGCAAUGAUGAAAUGAAGGUUAUUGUUUAUGAUCUAUGGACACAUAACUGUCUGGCUGAAUUUAUGGAUCAUGCGACUACGUCAACAAGUCCUGUGACGCAUUUAUUUCCACUUCAUUCAACACAUACUAAUGAGAAGAAAAACUCAAGACAUUUUGGACUGCUUUGCGUUGUUCAGAAGAAUGGAAUAUUAACACUAUAUGACGUAGCUAAUCAGAAUAGGAUUACAAAAAUUCGAUUGAACUGUGAAAUAUACUGUGCCUGUUUAGUACCAUGUCAAGAAAAAUUGAAUCAAUACUUACGUGAUGCAAUACUAAGCAUUGAUACUUCUGGCUAUCUAAUGAUAACUCAAUGGAAAUUAGCAAACUCACCCAAGGAUAUUAGUUUCCAUAGAUCUGGUAUCUGUGGUGAAACAUUAGAAAUUGGAACGAAUUUUUUCAAAGAAAUAUCACGAAAAGGAGUACCAACCAAUCUAAAAUAUUGUAUCUAUAUUCAAAAUAACUUACGUUCAUCUAUGGAAGCUUUAAGAUUUUUCAAUACAAACACUAAAAGCAACUUAUCAACAUCACUAAAAUUGUUAUCAAAUAAUGAAAAUCCAACUGAAUUCAAUUUGAUUACUGCAUCCUAUGAAUGUACACGACGAAAAAUUAUUCGUUUGACAAGUUGGUAUUGUAAAGCAAAACGAUUGUCAAAUACAGUCUCAUAUAAUAAAAUACUCUCUAAUGAUCCAAACGCCAGCCUGAUUGAUAUUUCAGUUGCUGAAAGUGGAUGUUCUGGUAGUCUGUGUAUUUGUUUUACUAAUGAAGUCUUUUGGCUUAGUUUACAUACUUUUGAUAUACUCUCCAAAUUCAAAUUACCCUCAUUUAUGCCUCCAAUUCAAUGUUUGUCGUAUUCAUGGCCUCAACCUGCUGAUUUGAAUAAAGUUUACAAUAGACGUACUUGGAUAUGUGUAAAUAAAAAUCGUUUGUUAGAAAUAUCACCAUUCGAAAGUCAACGCCGGUUGGAUAUUAAAGGUCGAGCAUGUUUAUUGGUUUAUCCUACGGGUCCAACAGAUUCUCCAGUUACAACAAUUGCAUCAGGUUUAGGCAUAACACCACUUGUUGCAACUGCUUUAGAAAAUGGAGAAAUUCACAUUUCACUUAUUCCUGAAACUUGUUUCAGUUGCAUGGUUGAAUUCUGUCCUUUCGGUUUUACAAGUAAAACUGACUUAUUGCAUCAUGUUGUACGUGAUCAUUAUCUUAGCGAGUCUGUGGAUGGAUUUCGAUGUAACUGGUCUUCGUGUGAUCUAUACCUUCCGUUAAAUUGUUCACAAUUUAAAAUUGAGGUUUUAGAAGAACAUGCACAUCAACAUGUAUACGCAUAAUCAUGUAUUAUUAAUAAAUAUAUAAUAUAUAUACAUAUGUAUAUGUAUGCUUAUAUUUGAUUUGACUUACACUAAAUACCAUUAUUUUACUUACUAUCCACCUGAUUGUUUCUGCAGAGAAGAAAUUCUUUAUCUUCAACUGAUUGUCUUUCUGUGUAAUACUUUUGGCAUUUUCACAGUCUAUUAUUUCUGCAUGUGUCAGGAUGUCUAUCUGGCUGUAUGUGUGUGUGGGUGUGGUUAAGUGAAAAUAUAUUUCCUAUGAUAUCACUUUUUUAACAGUAUGAUUUUCGCUCUUAAUUACUAAUUUUGUUUUUCUAAAAUAUUAAUCAGCUUUUGUCUUCUUCGUCUAAAAUAAUGACAAGAGAGACACAAAGAGAGAGUAUUUCAGAUGCAUAGAUGUUUCAGUGAGAAAGGAAUUUAAUUGUUGCAUAUAUAUAAAUAUGUGCCAGAGCUAACUUCUUCUUUCAACAUGUCAG